AUGAAUACAAACAUAACGACAUCUGUUGCACUAGAUCGAUCAUCUAUCAAAGGUAAAAUUGUUCUCGAUAAUAUUGAUAUCAGUCGUAUCACAGUUCGUCAACUACGUUCGAAUCUCGAUGUUAUUCCUCAACAACCUGUCCUUUUUAGUGGUGCUCUCAGAUAUCAUCCCGACUCAUUUAACUAUUACUCGGAUGAACAAUUAUGGACAGUACUCGAAGCAGUACAGAUCAAACCAAUAAUAGCUAAAAGUUCAAAUAAUCUUCUUUCGUCUGUCUUUCAAUGGGGUGCAAAUUUUAGUUCCGGUCAACGUCAAUUGACUUGUGUUGCUCGGGUUAUUCUCACAGAAUGCAGAAUUUUAUUAACUGAUGUGGCUACUAACGAUCACCUACUUUUGUUGAAUGAUGAGUUAGUUGUUGACUAUGAUUCGUCAUCAAAAAUACGAUCUCGCUUACAAUAA